CAGAUCCACAGAGAAGACCAGAUACUGGAACAAGAUGGCAGGAACCAGUCUAGGGGCCCGCUUCUACAGGCAGAUAAAAAGACACCCUGGGCUCAUCCCAAUGAUCGGCUUCAUCUGCUUGGGCAUGGGUAGUGCUGGACUCUACUUGCUUCGACUUGCCCUGCGCAGCCCUGACGUCUGCUGGGACAGGAAGAAUAACCCAGAACCCUGGAACCGCCUGAGUCCCAAUGACCAGUACAAGUUCCUUGCUGUUUCCACUGACUACAAGAAGCUGAAGAAGGACCGGCCAGACUUCUAGGCCAGGGCAGGAGGUUUCCAUGUAAAUCACUCUUUCCACUCCCUGGCCCAGACCCCAGGGCAGCAGACUAGCUGCACCUCCAGUUUCUGCUUGCACAGGCUGGAUUCCCACGCAGAGGGGAGGCCGCCCCACCCCCACCCUCCUCCCUCGCUCCCAGGAGAGGAAAAGUCUCUGACCCCAAGCUUGGGUCCCACGUGGGGGAGGGGACUCGACUGCAGGCGACAGUUGGGGUUGACCCAAAAAGCCCAAGCCUCUUCCUCCUCCCCUUGCCUGGCUGGGUGUGGCGCAGGCUACGUGUUGAGCGUGUCCGACGUGUGCCAGUGGCAAGCAGGGGCCUGAGUGCCAGGGACGUGACAGGCCCCAUGUUUGUGCAGGGUUUUGAGCAGGGUUCAGGGUGGUGUCUGCCCAGGCUCGACUGGGCUCGCCCUGGGUACCCAGCCUGCCUGGGAUGGGGUACCUCUACCGCGCAGUGAGCUGCUCCCCUGCCCAAGCCUGCAGCCUCCCACCAAGGACACCCCUCCCUCCGUGCACCUGGGCAGCCUGGUGCCUUUCCCCACCCCUCCCUUCCCUUGCUUCUCUGUCCCUGGGGAUCAAACAGAAGCAGCCGUGGGCAAAAUACAAUUUCAUUUAACAAAUUGA